ACAAUUCCUUCUCCACACAAACUAACUCAUUCACUCACUGUGCUCAUGAUCACCACAUGCAGAACUUCUUCAAGCACCAACCUUGUAGCUCACCCUUCUCUUUCUCUAAGCUUUUUAUCCAAACCAGCAUUUCUAUCUCUGAGUCUCUUCUUCCCCUGCCACUUUGCUCACAAGGGCAUUGCACUUUCCUCAACCCAAUGCAAACCCAGAAGCCAUUUGGAAAAAGAAAGGAAUGUUAAUAAUGGGGUAGCAGAGGAGGGUGACAGAGAGGUGCACUGUGAGGUCCAAGUAGUUUCAUGGAGGGAAAGAAGAGUUAAGGCCAAUAUUUCUAUCAAUGCUGACAUUGAUUCCGUUUGGAAUGCUCUCACUGAUUAUGAGCAUCUCGCUGAUUUCAUACCAAACCUUGUGUGGAGUGGGAGAAUUCCUUGUCCAUAUCCUGGACGGAUAUGGUUAGAACAAAGAGGAUUUCAAAGGGCAAUGUAUUGGCACAUAGAAGCUCGUGUUGUGUUGGAUCUUCAAGAAUUCCUCAAUUCUGCAUGGGAUCGAGAACUUCACUUUUCCAUGGUUGAUGGAGACUUUAAGAAGUUUGAGGGCAAAUGGUCUGUAAAAUCUGGAACAAGGUCGUCAUCAACUAAUUUAUCUUAUGAAGUUAACGUGAUACCGAGAUUCAAUUUCCCAGCUAUUUUCUUGGAAAGGAUUAUCAGCUCAGAUCUUCCUAUAAACCUCAGAGCCUUGGCAUAUAGGGUUGAAAGGAAUAUUUUGGGAAAUCAGAAACUUUCCCUGCCAGAAAACCACUUGCAUGAAACUUCUACUGCUAUUAACGGGUCAUCUGUCGAAAAGAUCAAUGGUGCUUUGUGUGAAAGUGACAAAUUGUCACCUGGAGAGAACAAAGAAGGAUUGGCCAGCUCAAUUUCCGGUUCCAUGCCCAUCUCUUCAAAUGAAGUGAACAGCAAUUGGGGUGUAUUUGGAAAAGUUUGCAGACUUGACAAGCCUUGUGUGGUGGAUGAAGUUCAUCUCCGCAGAUUUGAUGGACUUUUGGAAAAUGGAGGUGUUCAUCGCUGUGUUGUUGCAAGCAUGACAGUUAAAGCUCCAGUUCGUGAUGUAUGGAAUGUUCUGUCUUCCUAUGAGACUCUUCCUGAGAUAGUUCCAAAUUUAGCCAUCAGUAAGAUUUUAUCACGAGAUAACAAUAAAGUCCGCAUUCUUCAGGAAGGUUGUAAAGGACUACUUUAUAUGGUGCUUCAUGCUCGUGUUGUGUUAGACUUGUGUGAAUAUCUAGAACAAGAAAUCAGUUUUGAACAGGUUGAAGGGGACUUCGACUCGUUCCAGGGAAAAUGGAUUUUUGAGCAACUAGGAAAUCAUCAUACACUGCUUAAGUACACUGUGGAGUCAAAAAUGCGCAAAGAUACUUUCCUUUCUGAAGCUAUCAUGGAAGAGGUCAUUUAUGAAGAUCUCCCAUCAAACUUGUGUGCAAUAAGAGACUAUGUUGAGAACAAGAAAGCAUCACAUAUCUCGGAAGUUUGUGAGCAGAAUACAAAUUCAGGGCAACAAAUUGUUUCAUCUGGCUUUGAAGAUGAUGACAGCUAUAGUUCAGUUGAUGACUUCUCUGAUUGCAAUGCUCAAAGCUCAUCUCAACAAAGGCCUAGAGUUGCAGGCUUACAGAGGGAUAUUGAAGUCCUAAAAUCUGAACUCCUGAGAUUCAUUGGGGAGCAUGGACAGGAAGGAUUUAUGCCAAUGAGGAAGCAACUUCGUUUGCAUGGAAGAGUGGACAUUGAGAAGGCUAUAACUCGCAUGGGUGGAUUCAGAAAGAUUGCAACAAUGAUGAACCUCUCUCUUGCUUACAAGCACCGCAAACCAAAGGGUUACUGGGACAAUCUUGAAAAUUUGCAGGACGAGAUAAGUAGAUUUCAAAGGAACUGGGGAAUGGACCCUUCAUUUAUGCCCAGUAGGAAGUCAUUUGAGCGUGCAGGGCGCUUUGAUAUUGCGCGUGCACUGGAAAAGUGGGGUGGACUUCAUGAGGUUUCUCGCCUUCUGUCCCUCAAAGUGAGGAGACAACCAAGCAGACAGGGAAAGCUUGCCAACAAGGAUAAGAAAAUUGUUCAUAUAAUGUCACCUAAUGUAGAUAAUGAGAUCAAGACACCAUCCAGAGACUAUAUUUCUCAAGAUACACACAAGUGGCUCACAGAACUAAAACAAUUGGACGUAAAUUGGGUUGAGUAAAAUGAGAAUGGAUUUAUUUAUGUAUACAUUGGUUUAAGUAUAACCAAUGUGUUCAUUGUAACAUAUGAUAGGUUUCUGGUGAUGAUUUUUUUGUAUGGAUUGAUUGAUUGAUUGAUUCUCCACUGUAAUUGAACUUUGCCAUUCUAGUUUUAAGUUGAAAAUUU